CCUCUCUCUCUCCCCUCGUCUCUCAGGAAGAAGGUCCACACUCUGGCCAUGACGGCGGUCAGUUUCCACCAGAUCGAGUUCACCUUUGACCGCCGCGUAAUGAGCGCCAUUCUGAAUGAUUGCCGCGAGCUGCUGCACCAGGCCAUCAAACGCCACCUGACGGCCAAGAGCCACUCGCGGGUCAACCACGUCUUCAAUCACUUCGCCGACUGCGACUUCCUGGCCAAUCUGUACGGCCCGUCGGAGGUUUACCGUGGACACCUGCAGAGGAUCUGCAACGGGGUCAACAAGAUGCUGGACGAGGGGAACCUUUGACCUCCGGUUGGCUCCUCAACGGGCAUCUUUUACCUCCCAAUGUGCAAGAUUUCUUUUUUGUUAUUUGUAAAGGUGACAAUCGUUUUGCAUGUGUGUGCCUUUCAUCCAUAACACUGACAAUAUCUCAGCUAGUUAUUCCAAGAAGAACUUGCUCUUAUCAGUAUAUUCAGGGAUAAGAGCCAUGACAACUGUGCCUUUUUAUGAAAAUAGAUUUGAGGGUUUGAUCCGUUACAGAAUCGAGGCACAGGCCUUCAGUCACGAGGAGCUUUUAAUGGACCAAGAUGUAUUUUGCGAGCAACAGGAGAGGGUGAUGUUUUUCGGUUCUUUCCAUCUGAAUGCUGACCUUCAACAGGCGUCUCAUGGGACACCUUUAUCCAAUAUGCAGGAUUUCCUUUAGUUUUUUAAAGAUGGCAAUCGUUUUGCAUGUGUGUGCCUUUCCUCCGUAACACUGAAAGUAUGUCUGCUAGUUAUUCCAAAGUUUCUCCCUCUUCAGACGGACACUGUUAACAGAUGUUUUUUCACAGAAUCCAGGCACAGGCCUUCAGUCGCCAUCAGCUUUUAAUGGACCACAAUGUUUUUUGAAGGCACCAGGAGAAGAAAGCAAGUGAAUUCCCAUCUUUUCUAAAUGUCUAAAGUAGUGUUGCUCCUCAACGGGCACCUUUUACGUCCAAUAUGCAAGAUAUAUUUCGUUUUUUUUUAAGGUGACAAUCGUUUUGCAUGCGUGUGCCUUUCAUCCGUAACACUGAAAAUAUCUCUGCUAGUUAUUCCAAAGUUUCUUCCUCUCCAGACGGACUUUUUCCUCACUGUUUUUUCUUUUUUAUGAAUGUAAAACUUCGUGCUCUUCUCAGUAUAUUCAGGGAUAGGAGCCUUGACAGCUGUGACUUUUUAUAAACACACAUUUUAAGGGCUUGAUCUCUUACUUAAAGGAACACAAUCCAGGCACAGGCUUUCAGUCUGGAGGAGCUUUUUAAAUGGACCAAAAUGGUUUUGGGGGCACCAGGAGAAGAAAGCAAGUGAAUUCCCAUCUUUUUUCUGAAUACCGGAGGAUAUAAAGAUUUGUUGUGUUACACUCGAUCCCGAAUAAGCGCUGCACUGUACUUUCCCGCAAAAAUGAAACCAUGUGAAACCGUUUUAGUAAUCGUGCGUUUUCCAGCAACAUGCACUGAACUCUGCAGAGGCCUUUUGUGUCGGAUACAACCCAGCGUCUCCCCUUUAAUAGCGUGCUUUAUAGCCACAACAAAGAUGAAGUAUUCAGGUCGAAGAGGAACUGGUGGAAUUUGACUACGCCGUGUGUGUGUUUUUGAAUGUGCCGCUUGGUUAACAUCAUGCUCGGUGAAAAAAUACUCCCAACUGUGUUUAUAAACGUCAGAAUCUCAUUAAGGGGAGCGGCACAAUGUGUCACCACCGCUAACGUUUCCCGAGCGUUCUCAUCACAGAUCACAGUCAAACUACUCAUCAUGAGAGGUGCGGGGGUAUUUAUUGUAGGCCGACCCAGGAAGGUAGCAUCUCCCUGGUUCCCUCGACAAAAGCAUUCUCCAUGUGAUUUUGGAUUAUUGCAGCAAAUAAUCUCUCAAACAAACGUUUACGAUACUUACAGGUGUUGAUCAGCAGAAAAAUCUCCACACGUGAAUGAUUUCUGAAGUAAGAAGCUAACGUUAGACUGUGAAGGAACCAAAGCACGAUCACAUUACUUCACGUAACCACUGCUAAGCUAAUGUUGGGCGUGAUGGCGUUUAGUCGUCUCAUUUAGACACUUGUUAGCGACCGCUGUUUCCGGAUUAUCUAUUGGGGGUAUUUACUGAAGUAUUUUAAGUCAUGGAACAAAAUUCUCUUCAUUUCAAGAUUCUAACUAAAAACUCAUUCGCAAAACCAUUGACUUCCAGACGUGGGAACCAGAAGCGCUAAAAUUCUGUUCUGGGACUCAUUCCUGCACCUCACUAUUGAUUUGAAGCCCAGUGUCGGUUUAAUAGAUGAAUCGUCGCUGCCUCAGGUUCAUCCAGCAAACCAUGGUUUGAAUUCUGACAGAUUCGACCUCAAAAGGCUUCCCAGGAGCGUUGGGAUGAAAGGACGGACCGCAGCCUGCAGCUCGGCGUCCGUGCAAAAGGCCAGGCGGGGUUUUAGUUUAGAGAUUAGAGCUCACACAAACAGUACCUGAUUGUCCUCUAACGCUGCAAUUACACUCCCCACUCGGCGGCGGGAUAAUAGCCGCUCUCCACCUCGCCUCGCAAUAUAAUGUGACGUAGAUCUGUGUCUGUUUGCGCACUGCAAGUCCCCUUUUAUAACGGACAGAAAGAGUGUGGUUCUCCCUUAUAACGGAGAACAUGAAUACUCCUGAAACCUCACAUAAUAGUCUUUUUUUUUUCUGUAUCACUGAGCCUGUCUGGGAGAUUGUUUUGUUCUGCGGCCUCAUUUUGUAUUCUGUCUGUGUGUGUGUGUGUUUGUGUGCGUACCUGUGAGAGAAUUGGAAAUGGAGCCGUGUAAUAAGCGCUGUGCUUCUUAAACUUCCUCACUUCAUCCACAGCUUCUCCCUGCCAAAGAAACGAAUAUUAAUGCGAGAAACAUUACGAAAAAGAAAACGGUAUGCACUUGAUAAUUUAUAGUAACGGUGAUCAUGAAGAUGGUGGCUGUUGUGGGUUUUUACUUCAAAUUUACCGUAUUGGUUCUUUUAUGUAACAUGAGCAUAUUGUCAUUUGUUGGAUUAACUUUCACUGCAUCAAAAAGUAAAUCCCUCUGGUUCGAUUGAAUUGUCUUUAAAUGCCAUUUUCUCCAAUCCCUCCACAUCUCAGGGUUAAAUCUCCCUCGGUAUAAAACCCAUGACACACUAAGUAGAAAUAACUUAGGCCCCACUUAAGCCCUCAAACUAAGCAUACUUAUUUUGUUUUUUUCUAUUUUGUGAAUUUCUAUUUUUGACUCAUGUACAUAUGAUUGUGUCUCUAUAUUGUAUCCAAAUAUAAUACUUUUUUAAAACAA